AUGGAGAAAGCCAGGCCGGUGCCGCUGCCUCAGCCGUGCCAACUGCCGCGGACGACCGCGCCUCGUCCGUUGCGCCCCGCUCCGCCCCCGCUGCGGGUCGAGGGCACCCCUUUUCGGGCAGCGGUCGCUGAGUCCCCUCAGUUGCCACCUGCCCCGUGCGCGGCCGCCAUUGUGACCGUGGCUUCGCCGUGCGGGGAGGCCCCGUCGUCGGGCGUACAGCCUGCGGCAGGACAGCUGCUGCAAGUGAAACCCGAGCAGGUGUUGUUGCUGCCACCAGGACCACCACUGCCUCAGGCCCGGGACGGCGACGCUGCCAACUCGCCCGCGCAGGCGCGGCUGCUGCAACUGAGGCCCGAGCUGCUGCUGCUGCCGCCGCCGCCCGCGUCCGAGGGCGCCCCUUGGACGUCCGAGUUCCACCUGCUGCAGCCCCGGGCACUGCACGUCAAGGCCGAGAAGCAAGAACCCGGGCCCAGCUUGGACCCGUCGGUGGGGCCUCGGAGGACAGUUGAGGUGGGCCCUAGAGCCUCCGAGGUGGCCAACGUGGAAGGCCCCAAGCUGGUCUUCGACAGCCUCCGAGGGGACGAGAAGGGCAGGCUAGAAGUGGAGGAGGUCAUGAGGGACACCGCGAAAAGCGAGGAAGGCAAAAGCUUGGCGGCCAUCCGAGAAGGAAUCAUCAAAACAGAGGAGCCCGAGAGAUUCCACGACCACAGGCUCGGCAUGGAGCUCACGUCCAAUGGCCUGGUCCAUGGCAGCAAGGAGGUCAUCCUGGCUCAGCAGUCCAGCGCCUUUGGGCCGCACCAGCAAGACCUCAGGAUCCCUUUGACUCUCCACACAGUCCCUCCUGGGGCCCGGAUCCAAUUUCAGGGACCUCCACCCUCAGAACUGAUACGAUUGACUAAGGUCCCUCUGACACCAGUGCCUAUUAAAAUGCAAUCCUUAUUGGAGCCUUCUGUAAAAAUUGAAACCAAAGAUGUCCCACUCACCGUGCUUCCCUCAGAUGCAGGAAUACCAGAUACUCCCUUCAGUAAGGACAGAAAUGGUCAUGUGAAGCGACCUAUGAAUGCGUUUAUGGUUUGGGCAAGGAUCCACCGGCCAGCACUAGCCAAAGCUAACCCAGCAGCCAACAAUGCAGAAAUCAGUGUCCAGCUUGGGUUAGAGUGGAACAAACUUAGUGAAGAACAAAAGAAACCCUAUUAUGAUGAAGCACAGAAGAUUAAAGAAAAGCACAGAGAGGAAUUUCCUGGUUGGGUUUAUCAGCCUCGUCCAGGGAAGCGAAAACGCUUCCCUUUAAGUGUUUCCAAUGUAUUUUCUGGUACCACACAGAAUAUCAUCUCUACAAAUCCUACAACAAUUUAUCCUUAUCGGUCACCUACCUACUCUGUGGUAAUUCCCAGCUUACAGAACACCAUCACUCAUCCGGUUGGUGAAGCCCCAUCUGCCAUUCAGCUGCCCACACCUACGGUCCCGCGCCCAAGCCCCAUCACACUUUUCCAGCCCAGCGUCUCCAGUACUGCCCAGGUGGCCAUCCCAGGUCCAAGUCUGCCCCUCCACCCAGCACUCCCAUCCCAGCGCUUUGCUGGGCCUUCCCAAACGGACACUCAUCAGCUGCAUUCCGGAGCCAGUCACUCGGUGAAGAGACCCGCUCCUGUCUCUCUGGAGGGCACCAACAGGAUUCCAACGAGUGCAAGUACUGCCCAUGCCAGAUUUGUAACCUCGACCAUCCAACCUCCCAAGGAAUAUCCCAGCAUUUCCACUUGUCCAAGAAGUGCUUCAAUCCCCCAGGCUCCUCCCAUUCCACACUCACAUGUCUACCAGCCCCCUCCUCUUGGCCAUCCAGCCACACUGUUUGGGACACCACCACGAUUCUCUUUUCAUCACCCUUACUUCCUACCUGGACCUCACUACUUCCCAUCAAGCACGUGCCCUUAUAGUCGGCCUCCCUUUGGCUAUGGGAACUUUCCAAGUUCAAUGCCAGAAUGCCUUGGUUAUUACGAAGACAGGUACCAAAAACAUGAGGCUAUGUUUUCAGCUUUAAAUAGAGACUAUCCUUUUAGAGACUACCCUGAUGAACACACACACAGUGAAGAUCCUCAGAGUUGCGAGAGCAUAGAUCGGACCUCUUACUAUAACAGUCAUAGCCACGGUGGGGAAGAAUACUUAAAUCCCAUGCCUCAGCUGGACAUUGGAGCCUUGGAGAAUGUCUUCACAGCCCCAACAUCAACUCCCUCUAGCAUCCAGCAAGUCAAUGUCACUGACAGUGAUGAAGAAGAAGAAGAAAAAGUGCUCAGGAAUUUAUAA